AUGGCAGAUGCAUUGCUGGGUGACCCCAUCGUAGGUGGCAAUCUGGGCUACCACCUCAUACCACUUAGAGAUUUUCUUUCUGCAAACAACAAAAUCCCCCCAGAGCAUGCCGUGAAAAUUGAGUCUGACUUUUACAAAGGUGGUCCACCCCAAUGGGCGAACUUUCAAAUAGCUGAAAAUGCAGGAUCAGCCUUUGUCAAGAGGGAUGGCUACAGUAAAAUCAUUAAUCUAAUUCAAGAAGACCAAAAAUGUCACUACACUGUCACAUUUGCCAAUCUGUUCCACCAGCCAGGAAGUGGGGCCACCACUCUGGCCAUGCAAGUGCUGUGGGACCUCAGGGACAAAUUUAUGUGUGCUGUUCUACAACGCGGCACUGCAACCCAGAGCAUUGCCCAAGACGUGAUCACGAUAUCCUUCUACCUUGGCUUCAACAUAAAAGGACCCGUGGCAUGUGACAUUCAGUAUAAGUAA